AUGGAGAAGAUCAAUAAGAAGGCCUUGGUGCAGUUCCUCGAGCAGCACCAUCUCCUUUCCGUUGCCCAACACGGCUUUCGAAGUGGUAGGUCCUGCCUCACGAAUCUGCUCUUUACGCUUGAACUCUGGACCAAAGCACGUGAUGAAGGCAAUGUGGUGCACGCCAUCUACAUCGACUUCAAAAAGGCUUUCGACAGCGUUCCUCACCAACGUCUCCUGUACAAACUGCGCAACGCUGGAAUUCGUGGACGCCUUCUUGUAUGGAUCCAGAGCUUAUUGGCUGGACGGUCCUAA